AUGAAGUUCUUCAUUGAUGAUCUUCCAGUGCUGUUCCCGUAUCCUCGCAUCUACCCCGAACAAUAUGCCUACAUGUGCGAUCUCAAAAAGACCCUCGAUGCAGGGGGUCACUGCGUGCUCGAAAUGCCCUCAGGAACCGGAAAAACCGUUUCUCUAUUGUCCUUGAUCGUCGCCUACCAACAGCACUACCCAGAGCACCGAAAGCUCAUCUACUGCUCCCGAACAAUGUCCGAGAUUGAGAAAGCGUUGGCAGAGCUGAAAGCGUUGAUGGAGCAUCGCGCCAAAGAACUUGGUCACGAGGAGGAAUUUCGCGCCCUCGGUCUCACCAGUCGAAAAAACCUCUGCCUUCACCCUUCUGUGAAAAGAGAGAAGAGCGGCACAGUGGUCGAUGCCAGGUGCAGAAGCUUGACAGCGGGAUUCGUCAAAGAGAAAAAGGAACGUGGUGAAGAUGUCGAUCUUUGCGUCUACCAUGAAAAUCUCGACCUACUAGAACCACAUAAUCUAGUCCCCCCAGGUGUUUUCACCCUGGAUGGACUCUCGCGGUACGGAGAAGAACAUAAGCAGUGUCCUUACUUCUCUGCACGGCGCAUGAUGCCAUGGUGCAACAUCAUUAUUUAUUCAUACCACUAUCUCCUAGAUCCAAAAAUCGCGGAACGCGUGUCGCGCGAGCUUUCAAAGGAUUGCAUUGUGGUUUUUGACGAGGCUCACAACAUCGACAACGUAUGCAUCGAGUCGCUGAGCAUAGAUCUUAGUGAAGACUCCCUACGCAAGGCGACCCGAGGCGCAUCCAAUCUGGAACGCAAGAUUGAGGAAAUGAAAAGCUCGGAUGAAGAAAAGCUCAAGAACGAAUAUACUAAGUUGGUUGAAGGCUUGCAAGAAGCAGAAAAAGCUCGUGAAGAGGAUCAAUUCAUCUCGAAUCCAGUCUUGCCUGAUGAUCUACUGAAGGAGGCUGUUCCCGGUAACAUUCGUCGAGCGGAGCAUUUCGUCUCUUUCUUGAAGAGAUUCAUUGAGUAUCUCAAAACUCGCAUGAAGGUUACGCAUACCAUAUCUGAGACCCCUCCCUCAUUCUUGACCCACUUGAGAGAUCUUACCUAUAUCGAACGGAAACCCUUGAGGUUCUGUGCUGAGCGUCUCACGUCACUUGUCCGGACGCUAGAGCUGGUCAACAUUGAGGAUUAUCAGCCUCUCCAAGAGGUAGCUACCUUUGCAACCCUUGUCGCAACUUACGACAAAGGGUUCGUGCUUAUCCUUGAGCCAUUCGAAUCCGAGGCGGCCACUGUACCAAACCCCAUACUUCAUUUCACAUGCUUGGAUGCUGCCAUAGCCAUCAAGCCAGUGUUUGACCGUUUCAGCUCUGUUAUCAUUACCUCGGGAACUCUGUCACCCCUGGAGAUGUACCCAAAGAUGUUAGGAUUCAAUGCCGUUUUGCAGGAGUCCUACAGCAUGACACUUGCGCGACGAUCAUUCUUGCCCAUGAUUGUCACGCGAGGCUCUGAUCAAGCUCAAGUUUCAUCCUCUUUCGGAAUCCGCAAUGACCCUGGUGUUGUGCGAAAUUACGGGUCCCUGGUCACUGAAUUUUCUCGGAUCACACCUGAUGGAGUUGUGGUCUUCUUCCCAUCCUACCUCUACAUGGAAUCGAUUAUCAGUAUGUGGCAAGGAAUGGGUAUCUUGGAUCAAAUUUGGAAUUACAAGUUGAUCCUUGUGGAAACGCCCGAUGCGCAGGAGUCAUCGCUGGCCCUGGAGACUUACCGUACAGCGUGUUGCAAUGGACGUGGCGCAAUCUUAUUUUGUGUCGCUCGAGGCAAGGUUUCCGAAGGUAUCGAUUUCGAUCACCACUAUGGUCGUGCAGUGUUGUGUAUUGGCGUUCCGUUCCAAUACACAGAGUCUCGAAUUCUGAAAGCUCGCCUCGAAUUCCUGCGUGAAAACUAUCGCAUCCGGGAGAAUGACUUCUUAUCCUUCGAUGCUAUUCGACACGCUGCUCAGUGUCUGGGGCGUGUAUUGCGUGGCAAGGAUGACUAUGGAGUCAUGGUGUUGGCAGAUCGUCGAUUCGAGCGAAAGCGGCCCCAACUUCCAAAGUGGAUAAAUCAGGCCAUGCUGGACAGCGAAACCAACCUCAGUACAGAUAUGGCCGUUUCUAACGCCAAAAAUUUCUUGCGUACCAUGGCCCAACCGUUUAAGUCAAGGGACCAAGAAGGUAUUUCCACUUGGAGUCUCGCUGACAUCGAGCGUCACGAGGCAAAGAGGAAAACCGAGGAAGAGCGGAUGAUGAGAGAGGAAGUGAACGGAAAUAUGGACGGCGUGAUUCCAUCUGCAUCCCGUAUUGUUGAGGAUGAGUUCGACGAUGACAUCGACGAGGAUCUCAUGAUGCUGGACGCGCAAUAA